GUAAAAACUUAAAAAAAUUAAAGUUUCGAAGCAUAGAUUUAGGAAUGAAAAGAAUUAAGAGUAUAAAUUAAGAACUAAAAAUCUUGUUAUAUAAUUUGAAGGUAAUAAAAGGAGAUGUAUGCAAAAUGUUUUAUUUUUGUUCUUUGUAUAACAGUGUUUGCAAGAGCCUGUUACUUAAUGUUUAUCAAACGCAAUAAAUUUAGAGAAAAGUCUUGUCCAGCUAAAACAAUGAUAAUAUUAGGAUCCGGUGGACAUACAGCUGAGAUGUUGCGAAUUGUUAAACAUAUGAAUAUUAAGAAUUAUACACCUAGAAUAUAUGUUCAUGCUCAGACAGAUAAACUCAGUGCAGAGAAAGUAAAAAAUCUAGAAGAUAGUAAUAAAGAUUAUAAAAUUGUGGAAAUUUAUAGAAGUCGAGAAGUUCAACAAUCAUAUUUCACAUCGAUAUGGACUACUAUGUUUGCUACACUAAAUUGUUUUCCAAUUAUAUGGAAAGAAAAUCCAGAACUGAUCUUGUGCAAUGGUCCUGGCACCUGUGUACCUUUAUGUAUCAUAGCAUUUUUAUUUAAAGUUCUAUUUAUCACAGAAAAUGUUAUUGUAUUUAUUGAAAGUUUCUGUAGAGUUAAAACUUUCUCUUUAACAGGGAAGAUCUUAUAUUAUUUAGCGGAUCAUAUUAUUGUACAAUGGGCAUAUUUAAGUAAACCUAUGUAUAGCAGAAGCACUUUUUUAUAAGUAAAGAUGUUUUUAAUAUUUUAUGAU